UUUAAUAUAGUUAUCAUCACACUGUAUUCAUAAUCUCUCGAAUAUUGUCUCUAUCGAUACAUGAAGAUGACGUACUAGUAAAAUAUACAGCAGAAACAAAAAUUAUUUAAAAAUUAUAGACCCCACUUAAGCUUCUCUCGCCAGUCACUACACCUUAAAAUAUUCCAUUGAUUCAAUUCAACUUAACUUACCUCUCUCUCUCUCUCUCUAUGCUUUUAAUGCUCUCCAAAAUUCAUACCAACAAAAUCAAACCAAACUAGACUGCUACACCACAAUUUCACCACUUUCCUCUCUUUUCCAACCAAAAUGGGCAAGAAAAAGAAAUUCCCCUUUCUGUUCAAAGCCACCGAUUCCCCCACCACCUCCGCCGCCUCUCCGUGGCCGUGGCCGGCCUGCGUCAACAGCCCUAAGACUCUCUCCUUCCGCGCCAACGCCAAUUCAAACAUCUACAAAACCAUCAACUCCGCCUAUCUCGACGACGAAAAGGCCACCGCCGAAUUCACCGAAACCCCCGACUCCUUCUUCAGCAUCCGCCGCGACGAGAGCUUCUCCUCCGCGGCGGCGUCGCAAGUAUUCCCCGACGAGACCGCCGUGAUCGGAGGCCUCCGAUCCGAUCGCCUCUUCUUCGAGCCAGGCGAGACGAACUCCAUCCUCGAGGAGGCGGCGAAGGCGCGCGCCUUCCCCUACAGCGGCGGCGGCGUCAAAAUCAUGGCGAUGGAUUCCGACGAUCCGUUCCUCGAUUUCAGAUCCUCGAUGGCGGAGAUGGUGGUGGCGCACGGCAUCAAGCGCUGGGAGUGCCUCGAGGAGCUGCUGACGUGUUACCUCAGAGUCAACGAGAAAGGCAAUCACGGUUACAUCGUCGGCGCCUUCGUCGAUCUCCUGAUUCACCUCUCCCUGCAGGCGGCGCCGCUGAUCGAUUCGGCUUCCGCCGCCGACGAGCAUUGCUCGUCGUCGACCUCCACGACGACGCAUUACUCCUUCACGUCGCCUCUCUCGUUCUCGUCGUCCAGCACUUAUUCGUCGACGAGUCCUGGCUUAUCUAUGCUGGAAAACGAAGACGAAAUCGCCGGCGAGAAGAUCCCCGCCGGUUGAAUUUUCCGACGACGAAAAUGUAUACUCAGUAGCGUAUCAGAUUAGUUUUAAAGAGAGAGGGAUUACAAAACCCUCUAUUUUCUUUAGGUUUGGCAACACGUGUAAAGAGGUUACACGACUGCAUUUAAUGUUAUUAAUUAAUUUCUAAGAAAUUGAGAUUAACCUCCUCAAAUUAGAGAUGUAAAGUGUAAUUAACGUGUUUAGGUCUUUUGUUUCCCAAUUUGAAUGACCGAAAAAUUUCUUGUUUUGAUUA